GUUUUUACGUUACAAACUUCGAUAGACAAUUCGUAAUGUCGGAACUUAAAGAUUCAGCGAUUAAGCUUUUCGGGAAGACGAUUCAGUUGCUUCAUGUUGAUGAUGACGAUGUCGUUCUUGGUAAAGCUGAUGAUGAACAACAACAACAACAACAGUGUUCUUCUUCCGAAGACAUCAAGCAAAACACUACAACAACUCAAACAGAAGACACAUGUUCCAAUCCAAGUACAUCAUCUGAAGGAAUCAACGAUGAUCCAAGAACACCAACCGCCGACAAUGAACCUUCAUCAAAAAACUCCACAAAAAAAGAAAACCAAAAUUCAGAAGAAAAACCUCAAAAACCAGAUAAGAUUCUUCCAUGUCCUCGAUGUAAUAGCAUGGAUACUAAAUUCUGUUACUACAAUAACUACAACGUUAACCAGCCACGUCACUUCUGCAAAAACUGUCAAAGAUAUUGGACAGCUGGCGGAACAAUGAGAAACACACCCGUAGGUUCUGGAAGACGAAAGAACAAAAGUUCAUCGUCUGCUUCAUAUUACCGCCACCUUAUUGUCUCCGAAGCUGCUUUCCAACCUUCUUGGAAAACCAACGGCAGUGUUCUUAGUUUUGGAUCUAAUGUCCCCCUUUGUGAAUCUAUGAAUUCAGCUUUAAACUUUUCUGAUAAAUCCCAGAAAUCGGAAGAUGACCUUUCUUCGAAUUCUGUACAAAGGAAUUUCCAAAAAUACCCUUGCCAAAUCCCAUGCUUCCCUCAUCCACCACCUCCUCCUCCUCCUUGGCCUUACCCAUGUAAUUUCCAAGAAUUUCCAAGAAUACCCUUGCCGAACCCUGCGCAAUAUCGACCUCCUACCACCAAUCUUUCAGGGUUUCCUGUGUCUUUCUAUCCAACACCGCAAUACUGGGGUUGUACUGUACAACCACCCCCAUGGAGUAUACCAUGGGUAACCCAUCCAAAUGACCAAAUUACCCCUCAUUCUCUUCUCGGAAAGCAUUCUAGAGAUGGGUAUAUGCUGUCUCAAUCGAUAACUUCUUCAAAUUCAAGAAACGAAGAGUUUUCAAGAGAAAGAGAUUCAGAAAGUGGCGUUUUCACCCCCAAGACUUUGCGAGUUAACGAUCCAAAUGAGGCUGCAAAGAGCUCUUUAUGGUCAACUCUAGGGAUCCUAAAGGGUGAAAAUGGUAAUAAUAUUGAUAAUAAUAACAAUGGCGGAAAUCUUCAUAAGGCCUUUCAAUCGAAAAGUAACGAGAAGAAUGAAGUUGUUACGAGUUCUUUGGUGAAUUUGCAAGCAAACCCUGCAGCCUUUUCAAGAUCACUUAAUUUUCGGGAAACUUCAUAGAUUUUGGAGCGAAAAGAUUUGAGUUUUGAAGGGAGGUUAGAGAUUGUAGAGGGGUGGUUUUAGUUUGUCUUUUGUGAUAAGAAAGGAGUUGUAAAGUAUGCAGCUUUUGUUGUACAUGACUAUAAAGAAAUAAGUGAAUUUAGUAAAGGGGAAUUAGAUAGAGAAAGAGAGAUUUCUUGAAUGUCCCAAAGUGCAU